AUGGCAGAGCUCGAUCAGCUCAUGGCACUGGGCAAGAAGGCAGGCAACACGGCGAUGGUCGCGAGGUACCAGGCUGUGCGAGAAUACAAGGUCCAGGCGGCCCACCAGAAGGUCCAGAGCCUGGAGCGCCAGCUGGACGCGGAGAUCGACAAGCUCACGGCCAUCCGCCUGCAGCAGGCUGAGCAGACUGCCCUGGCCGAGACGAUCACGGCGCAGCUGGAGGAGGCGGACGGCGCGCACAAGGGGCACCAUGCGCAGCUCCACACCACCGUGGUCGGGGCGAAGGAGCAACAGGUCGCAUGCCAGGUCCCGCUCGCCAAGCUCCUGCAAGGGGAUGUUAGUUGCGUCGAUCUCUCGGACUGCGACGCGCUCUCCGGGAUCGAGGAUGUGCAUGGAGUCGCCGACGAUGAGCGCGAGAAUUUCGAGGCUCCGAAGGAGCAGUUGGCCGGCGGCAUCACCAAGCUGGCGACGCAGCUCUUCGGCGAGGUCCAGCAGACGGCCGAAAGGCUCAAAGCCAAGCAUCAGAAGCACAAGGGGCGCCUCUCCGAGAAGAAGCGCAAGACCGACGGGGAGCAGUCUGCGGCCGACGGCAGUCCCGCGGACCCGAGCGCGACCGACGGCGGCCACGGCGCUGCUGUUCCUGGCACACCUGCUCGUGACGGCAGCCAGCCAGCCGCUGCUGCUUCGCCAGCCACCGACGUGCGCCACCGCGCCGCAGCGCUGCUUGCAGAGAACGGCGAAGGAGCAGCGGGCAGGGGCAAGGGCAGCGGGGCGGGAG